AUGACCAGAAAGAUAUUUCAUGAGCCAACACUUCCGUUGAAAUCAGAACCUCAGUCGCCGGAGCACUCGCAGACAGGAAACAGUAUCGAAGGUUAUGACACCAUGUCCACUCGUAGUAUCGACUCCGCAUACGACCGUCGCAGCUCCUCUUGGACAGCACAGCAAUUUUCCGAUCUGACUGGCCCUUACAGCGCGCAGCCACGCAUCUCUUAUCAAGCACAGCCCUCGUAUCCGGCUUCGCGAGAGCAUUCCAGCCUGCCGCCUCUGCGGGAUCUCGACCGCGUCACCAACUUUGAGUCCCCUUACUCCCCGACCUCUACUACGUACCCUUCCCCAUACACAACGUCAACCGGACCUCACCCGGGACAAGAUGCCUACUCAUACGGAUCCGACAGAACGCCGUAUUAUGACCCGAGCACUAGGUAUGGCCAGGCCUACCCGCCUGUCGCCAGACAAACUCCUCAGAUGGACUUUGCAAGAUAUGCACCUUCGCCCUACGACUACCGUGCGAGCAUACCUUAUGGACCGUCCUACGGCUCGUCUGACUAUGCCCCGUCACCGACGGGAUAUCACCAGCCCACCUCGCCCCCCGUCGCGAUGGAUGCAAAUGGGUCAAACAGGAGGAGGAGGGGCAAUCUUCCUCGACAUAUCACCGAUAUCCUGCGAGCUUGGUUCCACGACCACCUCGAACAUCCCUACCCUACCGAGGAUGAAAAGCAAGUAUUGGUGGCUCGCACCAACCUCUCGAUGAACCAGAUCAGUAACUGGUUCAUCAAUGCCCGGAGGCGUCAACUGCCUGCGUUGCGUCAUGCUCGUGAAAGAGAGCAAAACGCGGCCGCAGCAGCCUACGAGCAGGAUCAAUUGCGGCGACAGCACCAAUCUGAUUCCACCACAAGAUAA